AUGACCUCUUGCCUGGUACCGGACUUCCCGGCCGUCAUGGUCGCGCUGGAACAUUUAAAGGAAUUGGACAAGCAGCUGAAGGACGAGGGGAUGCCAUUCGCACCCGAAGCUAGCCUCCAUCUGGCAGAGAUGACAGCUGCCGUCACAGAGCUGGAGAUGGACCGACGUGCUGCCCACGAGCAUUUAGAAGUGGAAACCAUAGAAAAUAGCAAGCUAAGGCAUCAAAUUGACAAUAUACAACAACAAAUGAACCAGGAAAUAAUUGCUGACGUAGCCGCCACUCGGGCAACUAAUGCUGAGGAGAUGGAUCAGCUGCUGCAAGAUCUAAACACAACCUGUCAGCUGCGAGAUGCUGCUGUGCAUAAGCAGGAUGCCCUCUCAAACCAAAACAAACAGCUGUACCCUCAUAGAGACCAAGUGAAGGCUGAGUACAAGGAGAUCAUUGCUACUCUGAAUAAUCAGAUCUCCUUAAAAUAUGGCUUGCAUAUGCAACUUGGGGAGAAACAGGAGCAGAUAGACAAGCUGAAGUCCUGCAUCGCUGCUGUGGAACAGGAUAAAAUAGCAGUCGAACAAGACAUGGUGCCGGAGAGAGAAGCUUUUAUGGUGAAAAGGGACAACCUGGCCAACGAAGUGCAUCGGACAGGUGAGAAAAUCAAGCAGCAGAAACAAUUAAUGAAGAGGAGCAGGAGGACGCUGGACAGAGUUAACAAGAAGAAACAAGAAGCCUUCAACCAGUUGGGAGAGUUCACGACUAAUAUGACCAAGCUAGAGAGCAAUUUACAAAGACUGACGUCAUUGCGGUGCCAGUUUGAAAAACAGCUGGACGAGGAGAUCAAAAAUCAUCAAGAACUGAGGCAACAGAGAGAAAUGCUGAAGAAAGAGUUGUGUACGUUAAGAGAAAUGUUCACUCAUGCCAUUCAGCAUCUUAAAAAGAAAGUUGCAACAGAGGAGGAUAAAAUAGAGGAGGGUCAAGCUUCAAGGUUGCUCGGUCAGGACCACCUGGCUCAUAUCUCUGAAGCAUUCAAGUGCCAGCUUGAUGAAGAAAACAAAGUAAAGGCUGAGCAUUUUCAGGUCUCACAGCAGCUGGAGCGGUCCAAGCUGCGGCUGGAGGAACGCAUCGCCUCUGUGGUAAAACACAGCAAGGAGAUUAAGGAGAUGGACCAGCAGCUCAAAGAGCUCUGGGAGUUUGAGACAAUCAACAAGCGUGUUUUUGAGAAGAAUCAAGAGGAGCUGUCUCAUAACAUGAAUACAGAGAAGAAGAACCUCUGCCACCUUGAGGAGGAGAAGAGCAGGCUACAGAGACUCCUGGAGAAGACAAAGAGGGUGCAGGAGGAACAUGUGGUUAAUUUGUCCUCCCGAAUCAGCACCACCAUGAGGAGAUAUGAGCAGCUGAGACAAGAGGAGGCCAUGCUCCUUCAGCGUCGUCCCCAGAGCGUAGAUGCCGACUUGCUAAUGAGCCACGUGACCCAAUGUGUGGAAGAAAACAGACAAAUAGAGUUCCAACACCACCAGGAAAUAAAACAUUCUAUUUCAGAGAUUGAAAGCAUGACAAGAAGCAAUGGGGAGAGGCAGAGGGAGGUGAAGGAGAAAGAGGAGAUACUGAGGGAAGUGGACGCCAAGUGGAAUGAGGAGCAAAGCCGAUACCAGAGAUUAAAAACACUCACUGCUGAGCUGAAGCACAGGAGAGCCAAGCUGGAGCUGGCAGUUCAGGGUCUGAAGGAGAGAACCAGCUCUCUGCUCCAACCAAGAGAAGGCAUGAAGGCCGAGCUGGAGAAGGUGCGAGCAAGUCACAUGGGCGUGCUCGACAUGCAGGCCUCAGAGCUGAGAGCUGUGGAAAUUAGCAUCUACGACAAUCAUGUGAAACUUGAGCAGGUCAGCAUGGAGAACAGCCGGCUGCGUCUCUGUGUCAGACAGAUGACAGAAGACUUGAGCAGAGCCAAGGCAGACAAAGUCAGAUACUGGCAGGAGGUUCACCUGUACAAGCAGGACUAUAAGGCCUUGUUUGAGGGUUUACUGGAAGCAUGGAGAGAGGAUUUAUUGAUAACUGAGGACUGUCAGAGAGGUGAUGGUGUUCUGUUGGUGUCUUUGAGCGCUCUGUUCAGCCACCUGAAGACCAGAAGACAACAGUUAGGACAUGUCAACACACUGCUACACCGACAAAUGAUUGAUUUCAGACUGGGAUACAAAACAGUUGAAUGAAGUGAUAGAAGUGAUUCAAGUUGGAGACAGAAUUGUCGAUGUGAACUCAUAUGACUAAAAUGUAUAAAAUUUAAGAUUAUUAUUAUAUGAUAAAUAAGAUCAUAUAAAGACAUUUCUGUUAAAUGUAUAUUAAGUAGAGAACACACAA